UUCUACAUCUGUAGGUUUUUUAUCUUGUCCCUGUCAGCCUUUGUAUUUGUGUUAUUGCUGCCUUCCAACUAACAGCCUUUGCAUCCCGGGAAAACUUGGCAGCUUCUGCUCUCCUGCUGAUCCUUUUUGGGUACUCAACCUUACCUUGGAUGUAUCUUAUUUCCAGAUUCUUCUCCAGUUCAGAUGUGGCUUUUGUUUCAUACUUUUCUAUAAAUGUAAUUUUUGGCCUUUGUACACUGCUGAUUACUUUUGUACCACAGUUGCUAGCUAUCAUCUCUAAAGCAGAGAACCUAAUGAAGAUCAACAACACCCUUAAACACAUCUUUCUGGUUUUUCCACCUUUUUGCCUUGGACAUGGUUUAAUUGAACUUGCCUAUAAUCAAGUCAAAUUUGAUAUCGCUAACAUUUUGGGAAUUGAUGCAUAUAUCAAUCCGUUUCAAAUGAGUUUUCUUGGUUUGAUAUUUUUGGCUUUGGGUGUUCAAGGAAAUGUCUACUUUUUACUGAGACUGACACUACACCAGAAUCUCUUCAAAGGAAAAAGAACUGUUUUCUCAGAUCUUACAGCUAGCGGCAUGAGAGAUCAGGAUGUUGAGAUGGAAAAAAAUAGGGUCCUUGAAAAAAAGAUUGAUGAUGACAUAUUACUGCUGUACAACUUAAGAAAAUGUUACCAUCCUUUUAAAAAGAAAACAUUUGCUGCUGUAGAAGACAUAUGUCUAGGAAUACAAAAGGGGGAGUGCUUUGGUCUGCUAGGAGUGAAUGGGGCUGGUAAGAGUACAACAUUUAAAAUGCUGACCGGUGAGAUUAAACCGACAAGUGGACAAGCAAUGGCUAGAAACAAUGCAGGGUUUGAAGUUGAUAUUUUAUCUGCAUCCAGUGAAGGAAUUAUUAUAGGCUACUGCCCACAGAAAGAUGCUUUGAAUAAUCUUCUUACUGGCUGGGAACAUCUUUUUUUUUAUUGUAGCCUUAGAGGGAUUCCAGAGCAAGAUAUAUACAAGGUGUCAGGGGAUUUAUCUAGACGUCUACUUCUUGAUAGUGACAUUAACAAACUUGUUGGUACUUACAGUGGAGGCACAAAGAGAAAACUGUCUACAGCAAUAGCUUUGAUUGGAAAGCCUCACAUACUGCUCCUGGAUGAACCAAGCACUGGUAUGGAUCCUUGCUCUAAACGUUGCCUUUGGAACACAAUCACAAAGGAAGUCCAAGGUGGUUGUGCAGCAGUGCUUACAUCUCACAGUAUGGAAGAAUGUGAAGUGCUCUGUACUAGGCUUGCAAUAAUGGAUAAUGGAAUAAUUAAAUGCCUUGGCUCGCCUCAACACAUUAAAAACAGAUUUGGUGAUGGUUUUUCCAUAAAAGUCUGGCUCAAACAGGAAUCUGCUGGUAAAACUGCUGUUUCCAAAUUUCUCAAGAAACAUUUCCCAAGGAUUCAUCUAAAGGAACAGUGGCUGGGAUAUUUGGAGUAUCACUUACCUCAACAAGAGGGAGUUUUGACAAAGUUAUUCAAUGUUUUUGAGACCAACAAGAUGCUGCUGCAAAUCGAGAACUAUUCAAUUUCACAGAUCUCUUUAGAGCAGGUCUUUAUCAAUUUUGCCACUCAACAAGAAAUAAAAUGCUGUAAUUUGCUGAAAUCUGCAGUGGACGGUUUUACACAGCCUCUUUCAAUUUAAGCAAAAAAUGAUUUUAAUCGUCUUAAAGUAAAAAAAAAAAAAGAAAGAAAAAACUUUAUUCAGUACAGACAACCAUCGGCAUAAAGUAUCUUUGUUCUCUCUUUUUUCCCUUCAGCUACAGUCAAAACUGCAAUCAAAGGUCUAUGAUAUACUACACUGUACUUGUGUAAAACGUAAUUCACCUGCACCAUUAUACUGUAAUAGUAUAGUGUAGUUAGAGAAGCAUGUUAAGUCACUGGCAACAAAACAAUAAUUUCCAGAUUAUUUUUUUCAUCAAUGUAUAGCAUUUAAUAUUUUGUGACUCAAAAUGUCUGUAUUAUAUCUCAGUUCAAGUAUGUUAUGCCUCAAUUAAUUUGCAGGGCUAUCUUGUUACUAAUUUAAUUGUGGCAAUUUUUUAUUGAAUGUUUUUAUUUCAAUAACUCAAUUUAUUUUAUUCAUUUUUUAUGUUACGAUUUUUUGUGUGCUCUAUAUGCAUUACCUUCACAUACAUAAAAGUAGCUUGCAGAAAUAACAGACAUCCUGAC